AUGCAGAUCAGCUUCUCUAAGAAGAAGGUUUCUGACAGUUUCUCCGGCUGUUCAAAGCAACGGUCUCAGACGUUCUUGCAGGUGACGAAGCCGGAUGCAGAGGUCCUGGGCAAGGUGGCACGUGGUUUCCCGUAUGAGAAGGUGAGGGAGAGGACUCUGUACCUGCAGGUGUUGGACUUUGACCGGUUCAGUCGUAACGACCCCAUCGGGGAGGUUUCCAUCCCUCUCAACAAGCUCAGUGACCUGGGACACAUGCAGACCUUCUGGAAGGAGCUCAAACCCUGCAUGGAUGGAGCGGGGAGGCGAGGGGACCUGCUGGUGUCUCUGUGCUAUAACCCAACAGCCAACACCAUCACUGUGAACAUCAUCAAAGCACGCAAUCUCAAAGCCAUGGACAUAGGAGGAACAUCAGACCCCUAUGUGAAGCUGUGGCUGAUGCACAAGGACAAACGCAUUGAGAAGAAGAAGACAGUGACCAUAAAGUGUUGUCUCAACCCCGUCUUCAAUGAGUCUUUCCCCUUCGAGGUUCCGGCCCACGUCCUCCGGGAGACCACCAUCAUCAUCACCGUCAUGGACAAGGACCGGCUCAGCCGCAAUGACGUCAUUGGCAAGAUCUACCUAUCUUGGAAGAGUGGUCCAGCGGAGGUGAAGCACUGGAAGGACAUGAUGGGCCGGCCGCGUACUAAUGUGGCCCAAUGGCACGCUCUCAAGGCCUGAUCGUCCCGC